UGAGCUGAGUUGACCAUACACUCAUUCUCUCUCAGAUCUAGAGAUUGUAAUGGAGGAAAGCAAGGAAGAAGUGAAGCACAUACUGCUUGCAAAGUUUAAGGAUGGCUUGUCGGAACAACAGAUUGAUGAAUACAUCAAAGAGUACGCCAAUCUUGUCAAUCUUGUUCCUUCCAUGAAGGCCUUCACAUGGGGUAAAGAUGUGAGCAUUGAAAACAUGCAUCAAGGUUUCACUCAUGUCUUCGAAUCAAGCUUUGAAAGCACACAAGGGAUUGCUGAAUAUAUUUCCCAUCCAGAUCAUGUCGACUUUGCAAACAGAUUACUGCCCCAGUUUGAGAAAGUCCUUGUUGUUGAUUACAAGCCCACUAAAGUCCUACUCUGAAUCAACACUUCGCUUCUCACUUUCUUCAAUUCAAUAAUACUCCAGAGACAAGAUUGAUUUUCUUCUCUAACUUCACCUUUGCUUCAACAUUCAUUUUCUUCUUAUCAUCAUUAUGCAAUCCACGUAAUAAAUGGACUACGUUUCUAUA